CCAAAGCUAACUAAUUCUUUUGAAUGGUACCAAAUUUCACGAUAUAUCAACAAUUCAUUUGUUUGCUUUAUUAUUAAACUUAUAUAAUGUUUGUAAAUGCCUAACUAAAUCAUAAAUAUGGAUUCAGUUAAGACGUAAAUCAUUUUGUAGAAAACACAGGAGCUUGAAUAGGUCUUAGAUUCUAAAACGAGAGCGGAGUUAUAGUCAAACUUACAUACAAAUCCAACUUUGAUGGCUUCUGGGUUGGCCUUAAAGAUAGGAUACAUUAGAGGUUAUUAUCAUGGUCAUAGUGUGUCUUUCCCCGGGAAACUAGGGUUUAGCAUUGUGCUAUUUUGUGUAUUUAAAAAAAACUACACUCCUUAUUGUUCUAAUUAAAUCCAUUCAGAGAUAACGAAACAUAGUCAGAUAUAAUGCUCUCUUCACGAGCUCUUAAUGCAGCGUCUCGUUCGUCUCUCAGUCGUCCUCUUCUCGCCAAGAGACUAGCUUCUUCCGGUCGAACUGCUGAUCCUGAUAUCCAUGGUCGUAACGAUGGAGACGAGCCUAGUCUUUUCCCAACAGACCCCGAAGGUUUGGAUGAUGUAGCGAAUCCCAAGACUCCGGCAGAUGAGAUUGUACCGGACAUUCGACCACCCGGUUUAGAAAAAGAACCGCUUAAGCCUCCUAAAAACCCACGAACUACUUCACACAAGAUUGAGUCUACUCCGGUUGGUCUGCCUGCAGAUCCCAGUCUCCAACAGAAACGAAAAUAAGAGCAGCAAAAGCCUUAGCAGCUGCACCCGCCAUGGUCGCCUAGUAUAAGACAUACUAUUGUGAACUGUAGGCAGAUAUGUUUACUUUUUAUUAGCUUUUGAGAAUAAAAAAACAAAUUAUUUAUGCUUUCUUGGGACUAAAGAAAGUAAUUUACUUCCAUUUUUACAAAUGUGUUAGUAUCUUGGAAUUUUGAGUUGAUGUGAUGCAUGAGGUUAGGCACAAUAGAUUUGACUCAAGCAUAUGUGGUGAUAAUUAAAAGACAGUUUUCAAAUGGUCCAAAACGGUUUUAAUUUGGUUCUUCAACAGAAUUCCUUCGGUGUUUAUCCCCCACAAGCUGUAAAUUUUGAAGAGAGUCACAUUCCAAAGUUGCUAUUAAAGAAGUCUUAAAAGAAAAUAGAUAAAAAAAUUUUUUUGAGGCAAACAUAGAAAGAUAAAAACUCUUCAUAAUUUCACAAGUUUUUGUGUUCUUUAUGUAUUCCACCUUUGAAAAACACCAUUACUUUGAUUCGCUUAACAUCAUCAAAGCAAAACACCCCAUCAUUGUGAUCAAUAAUAUUAUAUUAGCUAGAGGUUUGUCCGCGCUUCGCGCAGGUUGUUCGGUUUAUAAUUUAUGAUUUUGUUGGAUAAUGUUCAUUGUCAAUAGAUAUAGAGCUUUUGAUAUGGUUGUAUUUUAUGUGUUUGGCAUGCUAGUGUAAAGUUUUAUGUAAUGUGUAUAUCGUAAAUAUAGUGGGUGUAACAUAGUAAAUGUUUUGUCUUAGGGUUGUCUUUAAGGUCAUAGAGAGGGGACUGAUGAAAGAAGGGGGAAUGUUACUAUGAAAUUGUGGAAAAUACUAAGCAAAAACUCUGAUAUUUCCCAAUAGUGAAACAGUAUUUGCUAUGAUAUUUGCCAAUUUUUAAUAUUCUGUAUAGUAUAAGGAUGUUGAAAACUUGUAGCCUAAUGUUGUUUGUAAACAAUAGGGCUCGGGGGAGGUUUGUUUUGAUGAAUUGUUUUUUGCAUGUGUUUGUGUGUUGUUUCUUCAUUUUUUUUCUAUAAAAUUUACGAUGAUGUUUGUAAUUUUGUUAAAAUUGCAAAUUAAAUCUUUGAGGAAUCUACUUUAGUAAUAUUUGAAAGAAAGAGAGGAGCUAGUGUUUUAAAUGCAAGUAUGGAGAGGUGCUAGUGUGGCAAUGGCUAACAUGACCAUUGAUAAGGAUAAUGUCAAAAUUAUAUAUACUUAUUAAGUUUUUAAGGUCAAUGAUGGCACUUUUAUUCCAUUAUCGAUUGCCACUUCUGAACUUAGGUUGUUUUGUAAAGAGAUACGAAUGGCUUAUAUAUGUGCUAAGCUAGUGUGGUGGUUAGAGUUUUCAUGUUGUGGUCCAAUAAUUGAGUUUUUCCACGGUAGUAUUGGAAGUUGGUGGGCUGAGAUUAUAUGAUGGGCUAUUGAUUAAGGAUGUUGGAAUGAAUUUGUUGAUUAUAUGUUUAAUAAGUGUUUUUAGUCACUUAUGAUUUGAACUUCUUAUCAUAGUAAUGAACUGGGAUGGUAGAAGCUGGUGUUGAAGUUGAAACCCUUAAUUUUUUUUUUUUUAAAUCGUAGUUGCAGGACAUGAGUUUUUAGAACUGAACUCUUUAGAUGCUUUCUGAUAAUUGGUUUCCAUGCUUCCCUUUCUACUGGUUGAGGAAUGUUUUAAGUGAGCUUCUUCUGGGAGAUUUGAAUGUUGUUAUGUUAUUGUUUUGGAAUUAUUUAUUCAUUUGAGGAAAAUUUGGUGGGGCAUUCAAGAUUUUUUUUUUUGGUUAUAUGAGGUGAUCUAACCGUGAUGAUGAUGUUGUAGGUCAGAUUUCAAGUGGAUUUGUGGAUUUGUUGAAGUUUUUGAUGAAUUUGUAAUAAUUUACAGGCUGAUCUGGGGAAACUUUGGUUGGUUUCAGCAAAAAAAAAACUUUGGUUGGUUUCCGUUCAUGUUCGGCCUCUGUGGUAAUUUAAAAUUUGUUAAUCAUAUCAAUUUAUGAAUAUAUUGCGAGGGUGGGGUGUGUCUGAUUUUCCCAGUGGUGGUGUCAUCGGUUUUUAUUAGAUCGUUGUCAGUGAAUGUGACGUUGUCGAGCUAUGUGUAAACCGUAAUACUGUAUGUCCAUACACAGAAGUUUAAAUUUAAUUUGCUAUGAGGACAGUGUCUUUAUUUAUGAUAACGUAACUAAUUGUUUGUUUAUUUUUGUAGUCAAAGAUUCGUAAAAAAAUUUGAAAAAUGUUAAGAAAUUGGUAAGUGCUUUUGUAGUUACAGAUUAGCAUUUAUAUGAAAUUUCUAUAUAUCUGUCCAUUUAAAUAGUAACCUUUUUUGUUUUCAUCAUAGGUAAAGCUUUGUAAACAAUAAAUAUACUUCUUGUAUUUAAUAAAAGUGACACCGGAAAUUUUUUCACGAAUUAAGAAAUCACUUAAAAUUAUAUUUUAUUUUUUGUUUACACACUAAAAUUUUUGCCUUUUAAUUAAUUCACUAACACAAUAAAGUUAAAAAUAAAAAUUUAUUUAAAAUUCCGCAUUGAAAAUACUUAACGGCACAAAAAUAAAAUUCUAAAUGACAUUUUUUUAAGAAACAGAGGAAGUAUGUUUUCUAAGUGAAGAUUAUAAACAAAAUUAAUUAGUUUUCUAUCGGAGUGGUAUACAUUUAACUAAAACAAAAAAAAACUAUCCAAUUACAUUAUUAAAUACAAAAUUUAUUAGCAUUAAUGGUUUAAAGGGACAAAAAUUAUCAGUUGACACAUCUUCAAUAUCCCACAACAUACCCAUCUACAUUAUUUUAUAAAUUAUUCUUUAAGACGUUGGAUUUCUUCAGCCAAAGCCAAAUGGAUUGUAUCAUGACAAUAAUAAGAAACCUGCAAGAAUCCUAUUUCCACCAAAGCCAUCAUACAUUAGAUAGCAACUUGCAAAAAAAUCUAUCUCGAAUAAAACCCAUAUCAUAUAUACAUACAACCUACGGCAACUAAACAUAACUUAAAGUUUUUCCAAAGUUCCAUGUGGUUAAAAUGUCUUCUGAAUGUUGGAUAUCUUGAUAUUGAUUUGGGCAUCCUUGAAGCCUUUGAAACAAAACCGAACACAGGUUAAAGCGAAAAGACAUUUAUUUACAUGUGAAGUUUUUAUUAUAUGCUUACCUGCAAGCUUAGUUGUGAAGCUCAGCUUUUCUUAGUUCCUGUCAAAUGAAGAUAAUUAGAGCUUUUAAGUCUCUCUUAAUCUCCAAACAGCAAUACCAACUUUCCAAGAUACUCUUCUUCUUCAGAUAGGUUUCUGCUUCAGCCUGGUAUUUAAUGAUAAGAAACGGAGUUGAAAACCAAUCAAAGAUGGUCUUUUGGGAAGAUUAUUUGUAGUUAUCUCCCUUACACUGUCAUCUACAUGAAAACGCACAACAUUUAUGAUUCAGAGAAUCUCUAAAGAUACGGUUCGUGUAACCAUAUUGCAAGGUACUGAGCAACAAACCGAUGGAACUGGAUUUGAUAUAGCGUAGAAGCUCCUUAAGAAGGGAAUAAGCGGGUAAGGCAAUGAUGACGACUUGACUGCCUUUGUUAUACUUGGCUUCUUUGAUGUUGUUUGAGUAUAUAAUACCUUUCAUUACCAUAAUCUCUGUGCUGCCUACAUUCCACAAAAUGAGCAUCCAACUGCAAAAACCAUUAAAAGAUUUCAGACAAUAGAAACAAAUAAACAGUUAAGAUAAACAGUAUUAGAGAGACUCUCGAGAACAUCAAGUGGUUUCAGGUCGAUCAUUGGGCCCUUGUUUGAUCCUUUUCUUGAUGGACUUGUUUUGAAAGACCACCAGAAAACGCCGAAGUACCACCUUCCGCUUCGUUUCGAAAAGUUGGCCUUUAAACUCCCUAUUGCUCAUAUCAAUUAAACGAUUUACAAACUGCAGCAUACCUGAACGCCUUUGUGACCAUUAUAUAUCUAAUAUACCGGCGAAGUAACCAAACUUUGAGGGAAGAGAUGUUGGAGUCCACUGGCGAGGACAGUAGAAUAUGUAUACGAUGGCGGAUGCUGCGGCUAUUUGGCAGAGCACUGGAGCUACAAAUCCUUUUUUCUUAUCUAAGGAAUCGGUGUUGGACUUGCAGUAUUUCACUAAAAAAGUUUAGGCUUCAGUAUAUAGAGCAUUUAACGUAAAAAAUCAAUAUUUUUGUAGCGUUAACACAUAGAUUUUGAGAAAAAUUCAAAAGUUAUAACAAUAUUGCUUUAAUGCAUAGUUGCCUCCUGUACUAAUAUAUGGUGAUGGUCAAAGAGGUUUGGAACCUUUGUUGUCUCCAUUUCUCUAGAAAUAGCGAUUUUAUAAAGGCUAGUCCAUUAAUUUAGCAUACAUUAAUACGAAUGUAGAAUGUUGUUAGAAAUUUUAAAACAAUACUAAAGAUUAUAGGGUUCGGUAUAUAAAGCAUUUACCAAAAUUCAAUAUUUUUGUAGAGGUUAACACAAAUUUUGAGAAAUUUUCAAAAAAUAUGACAAUAUUUUUUUAAUGCAUAGUUGCAUCCUACACUAAUAUAUGAUGAUGUUGAAACAGGUUUAGAUCCUUUGUUGUAUCCGUUUUUCAAUAAAAUAGCGAUUUUGUAAUGGUUAUUCCAGUGAUUUGAUAAUAUUAUGAAAUUUUAUUAAUUAAUUGAUAAAAAAUUAGAACAAUUCUCAGAGUUUAACAUACAUUAAUACAAAUUUAGGAUGUCAUUAGAAAAUUUAGAACAACAAUAAAAAGUAUAAGUUUCAGUAUAUAGAGCGUUUAACGUAAAACUCAAUAUUUUCGUAGACACAUAGAUUUUGAGAAAAAUUCAAAAAUAUAACAAUAUUGCUCUAAUGCAUAGUUACCUCCUGUCCUAAUAUAUGGUGAUGAUCAAAGAGGUUUGGAACCUUUGUUGUCUUUAUUUUUCUAGAGAAUAGCGAUUUUAUAACGGUUAGUCUACUAAUUUACGAAGUAUAUGAAAUUUUACUAAAUUAAUUUAUAAAAAAUUGAACGAUGAUCAUGUAUCAUAAAAGAGAGUUUAACAUACAUUAAUACAAAUGUAGAACGUGGUUAGAAAUUUUAAAACAA